AUGCCACCCUAUCCCUACACCUAUGAACAUGAUUCUGCCGCAUCAGAUGCAAAUAUUACUGUUAUUUAUGAACUAUUAAGGAAUUUUGAUGCGGGUCCUAAAAGUAAUGAGUAUUUAAAGCUGGAGACCAAGCUUUCUCACACAAUCGGAAGAGCAGAUCGUAUGGUUGCUACUGGUCAUGAAGAUGAGAAGACAGAUUACAUUACCCGUCUUAAAGGACUUUUUAAGACGCUGGAUGACAAGGCUGAUGACUAUAGUGCCAGGCAACGAGCGAUUCCUGAAAUAAGUGUGUUGGAAGAGGAAGAUGAUCCAGCUAGUGAUGAUGACCUUCACGAAGAAGCGGAGGGAACAGUUGAAUAUUUUGGAGGAGAUCGUUCAGCAAGCUUUUGA